AUGUCACAACCUGAUAUUAUCACCGAGGAUGUCGUUGAGUCCUCGGACACGUCUACUGAACCAUGUAGGAUUUCUCCAACUUUCAUAAGAGAGUCCUACUUCAUCACCAACGCACUCACCGAAAAACUGUUCAAACUGGCUGGAUCCAAAGACCACCGCAAAGCCAGUCUGAUGGGAGUCCGUCUGCAUCACAGAAUCAAGCAGCAGCUGGAGUUAGAUGAAAACUCUCAGAUGAAGAUGAAGAACUCAGAGAAAAUCGGUAAAACAGCCGCCAAACGUCUCAUGGCGGAUUAUGGAUCGGCAGCCGCAGUCCUGAGGGCGGCUGUGGAGGACGACACAGCUGCAUUUGAAGCAGCUGCAGCGAAACAUAUAAACGCUGAACUGAGAUCCUUCCAGAAGCGUCCCAAGUCUGCCCUGUCACGGCUCUUCUCCAGGAUGAGGAGAGCCUUCACCUUCUAA